ACAUUCGAAAGGCGUCGUUUGGCUAAAGAAAGAUCUCAAAAUACAACUGGAGUGGAACUGGAGACAAACCAUACCAACAAAGACAUUGAAAUGACGUUACCUCACGUGACCAAAGGGGACCAUAAUUACAAACCAAGUAAGGAGUAUGGACAACUUGCAUGUUAGACUAAAUUUUAAUCUAAGUAAAGAGAAGGGAAUCGAACACCACAGCUAAAAAGAACAUAAUGAAAUUAGUAAAAUUGCAAAAGUAAAAUUUAGAAAGGUUACUAACUGUGUAAACUACAAAAUAAAUCUAAAACAAAGCAAGCAAUUUAAGAGUUUAGGUUCUGAACACUUUUCAACAUUGAAAAAAAUCGCCUUGUAUAAUAAAACGAAACUUUUAACUUAAACAUACUGAAGUUGUGGGUGAUCAGGUUUAGGUUUCUGCCAGUCAAAUAUAUUCCUCGGAAUCUAGGAAAUGUCAUGAGAGUUUAGAUUUAAAAAUGUUCAGGGUGUGUGAGAUGCUGUCUUUCUUUCAUCUAGCAAAGUUUGAAGGAUCCCUCGGUAAGGUUUCCGUUGGCUCAGUCUUCCACCCUCGUGAAGUUGUUCAG